AUGUCGACCAGGAAUUCUUAUCGUAAUCAAGUCAUUUUAGAUUAUAUCCUUUCUCAAGUUCGAGAUGAUGAGCGGCCGUAUUUAGAAAUAAGCGUUUUAGGUAAACGUUUGGUUGGGUUGCUAGACUCAGGUGCAUCUAGGACUAUAGUUGGUUCUGGUGGAUGGGAUAUUUUGCGAUGCCUUAAUUUGCCCUUACGUAGUUGUAGUGUGGCAUGUACGGUUGCUAAUGGUGAGCAAUGUCGUGGUGUAGGUGUCGUUUCAGUCCCUAUGACGCUGGAAAAGGAAACGCGUAUUAUAGAUGUGCUUGUAAUACCAGAACUGGAACAUAAAUUAAUCCUAGGUGUAGACUUUUGGACUCAAAUGAACAUCGUCCCGGAUCUCAAAAAUAAUCGUUGGCAUUUUGCUAAGGAACCACCCUCCAUUGUUAUUGACUCCAUUCAGGACCAAUCAACUUUAUCGCCUGAGCAAAAAUUAACUUUAGAUGAGUUGGUGGCGAACAAACUUGAAGCCAUGGGGUCUAAUAUAGGUGUAACACAUUUGGUUCAACAUGAAAUAGAACUUUUGUCAGGUUCCAAGCCCAUUAAGCAAAGAUACUAUCAAGUAUCGCCUCCUAAGCAGCAAAUUAUUGAUGAGGAAAUAGACAAAAUGUUAAAGGCUGGUAUUAUUGAACCCUGUAAAAGUCCUUGGUCAUCUCCAGUAUGUUUAGUUAGGAAAAAGGAUAAUUCUUACCGUUUUUGUAUUGAUUAUAGACAGCUGAAUGCUGUGACUAAAAAGGAUAGCUAUCCCAUUCCAUAUGUAGCCUCCAUCUUAGACCGGCUUAGGGAUGCUCGCUAUCUUAGUUCCCUAGAUAUCAAAAGUGCAUAUUGGCAGGUUGGAUUAGCUGAAUCAUCCAGAGACUUUACAGCGUUUACCGUACCUAAUGGACUGUAUCGAUUUAAAGUUAUGCCUUUUGGGCUUACUAAUGCCCCAGCUACUUGGCAAAGGCUUAUAGACACCGUUUUGGGCCCAGAUCUUCAACCUUUUGUAAUGGUGUACUUAGAUGAUGUCAUCAUUGUUACAAAGGAUUUUGAAACCCACCUUAACAUUCUCACGAAAGUCUUCGAUAGGUUAUUAGAAGCUGGGCUAGUGGUUAGUCACGAGAAAUGCAAUUUUUGCAGACCUCAACUCAAAUAUCUAGGGUAUAUAGUUGACCAAUCUGGAUUACAUCCAGACCCAGAAAAAGUUGAGGCAAUUUUCAGAAUACCGUCCCCAAGGAAUAUACAGGAAAUACGUCGGUUUAUAGGAACUGCUUCUUGGUAUCGUCGAUUCGUUCCAAAUUUUUCCACUAUAAUUGCCCCUCUAUCAGGGCUUACGAAGAAAAAUAAAAAAUGGGUUUGGUCUGAACGUUGUGAGUUGUCGGUAAAGAGAAUAAAAGAAUGCUUGAUAUCUGCUCCGAUCCUAACUUGUCCUGAUUUCGAACGCCCUUUCAUCUUGCAAACUGAUGCCUCAGGUUAUGGAAUAGGGGCGGUAUUGUCGCAGGAAUUUCCUGAAGGUGAAAGGGUCAUUUGCUUUCUGUCUCGAUCCUUGACUUCUCAAGAGCGAAAGUAUAGCACAACCGAACGGGAGUGCUUGGCUGUUAUUUGGGCUAUCGAAAGCCUGCGUCAUUAUUUGGAGGGUUUCCAUUUUAAGGUAAUUACUGACCAUUACUCUCUUCUAUGGCUACAACAUAUGAAGGAUCCUCAAGGGCGACUAGCUAGGUGGAUUUUGCGUUUGCAGCCCUAUGACUUUGAAAUGAUUCAUCGAAAGGGUAAGGAUAAUGUGGUGCCCGAUAUGCUCAGUCGUUCGGUGGAUGCGUUAGUCGAUGUGGUCGACGUGGAUACUUCCUCUUUUGGAAAUACCUCCGAUAAAUGGUAUCAUGGGAUGAUCUCUCGAAUCGAAAAUAAUCCAGUUAAAUAUCCUGGUUGGUCUAUCCAAAAUAGCAUGUUAUAUAAAUUUUGUAAACCCUCGAUAUCUGAGUUUUCCGAUGGUGUAGAUUCCUGGAAACUUGUCGUUCCUAAGGAUAGGAGAAAGGAAAUUUUAGUGAAGUAUCACGAUGAUGUUACCUCGGGACAUGUAGGUGUGUUUAAAACGUUUUGGAGGGUACGAAAUAAAUAUAUUUGGCCAAAAAUGAAGGCGGACAUCUCCAGGUACAUAAAAAAUUGUAGGGUGUGUUCGGAACAGAAGGUGGAACAAAAAGCCCCCGCGGGAUUAUUAGGUUCUCGGCCUGAAAUCAAACAACCGUGGCAAGUUAUCAGCCUUGACUAUAUCGGUCCCUUUCCUAGGUCAACGCAAGGUUACACUUAUGUUUUAGUGGUGUCGGAUUAUUUUAGCAAGUAUGUUUCCUUGUUCCCACAUCGCGCUGCUACCGCCAAAUUGUUGGCUAAAGAUAUAGAGGAAGGCAUAUUCUUGACAUAUGGUGUACCUCAGUAUGUUAUUUGCGAUAAUGGUGUGCAAAUGAAGUCUAAAGAGUUUCAAACUUUAUGUCAGAGAUAUAAUUCUAAAAUAUGCUAUACGCCGUUAUACUGGCCUCGAGCUGAUCCGUGCGAAAGGGUUAAUCGUGUGGUGAAGACUAUGAUUUCCUCUUAUAUACGUGGUAGUCAGAAAACUUGGGCUGACAAUCUUUCUUCUAUUAGUUUAGCUAUCAAAACUGCCAGACAUGAGACUACUGGUUUUAGUCCAUUUUUCAUAAAUUUUGGAAGAGAACAUAUACAUUCUGGUUCUGAUUUUGAUUCUUCGGUUAACAAUUCUCGAAAGGAUUGUUCAAUCACGGACAAAAUAAAAGGUUUUCAAAAACUUUUUGAUACGGUUGCUACCAGGAUUAAACUCGCGGCGGAUAGAAGUAAAAACAUUUAUAAUCUUAGACUGUAGAGCAGUUCAUUAUGCGGUCGGCGAAAUGGUAUGGCGUCGUAAUAAAACUAUUUCCAAUGCGGCAGAUAAUUUUAAUUAUAAAUUAGCUCCAAAAUUUGUCGGUCCCUUUAAAAUAAGUCGUAAGGUAGGUCGGUGGGCAUACGAGUUAUCGGAUGACUCCGGGAAGAAUUGCGGCAUGUGGCAUGUCCAGGAUCUAAAGCCUUAUGCCUUUCUGGCGAACGAUGAGUAA